AUGCUCGGGUCAUUUGUUUCGAGGAGGUUUGCCUCUGGAGCUGCCUACCAUGGAGCCACACAUCUUUCUAUUCCGAAGAGACCAUUGAAAAAGAUCAAGCUGGGCAAGGCAAGACCAGCUAUCUACCACAAAUUCGAAGUGCAAGUCGAACUUAGUGACGGCAGUGUUAUAACGAGGCGUUCUCAAUUCCCCAAGGACCAGAUCAGGCUGAUUCAGGACCAGAGAAACAAUCCAUUGUGGAACGAGAGCAGAGACGAUCUAGUUGUUGUAGACGCCAAUGCCGGCGGUAGACUAGAUAAAUUCAAACAGAAAUACGAUCCAGUCUUCAGUUUUGAGGAGGCGCCUUCCAAGCAGCCGGCUGCCGAGGCCAAGAACCAAAAACAGGAGCAGGCCGAAGACUUAGUGGAAGAAGACGAUUUUGGCAUGGACGACUACAUGGCACUACUGAACGACAACGCCCAACAGGUGCAAAGCGGUGGUAAAUUGGCCACUAAAAAGAGGGAUAAGAAGUAA